AUGGAAAAAUUAAUACCUUUCAUAAAUGACCUUCACGUAUAGAAUUAAUAAUACCAUUCUUAUAGGAUAUUCUGAGUUAAGCAGGAUUGAGUAGUGAAUUGAAUUUGCCUUCAAUUGUAGUUAUAGGAUCUUAAUCAGUUGGAAAAUCAUCUCUUCUUGAAAGUAUAGUGGGAAGAGAGUUUUUACCUAGAGGAAAAGGGAUAGUAACAAGAAGACCAAUAGAGAUUUAAUUGCAUUAGGUUUUGGAUGCAGAAUAGGGAUGGUUUGAGUUUAUGGAUAAAAGAGGGGAAAAAAUAUUUGAAUCUGAGGAUAUAAGGAAAUUAAUAGAGACUGAGACUGAUAAAAUAGCAGGAAAAAAUAAAGGAAUUUCUCCUGUUCCUAUAAAAGUAAAAUAUUUUUCAAAAGACAUUCUUGAUCUUCAAUUAAUAGAUUUACCAGGAAUAACAAAGAAUCCAGUUGGAGAUCAACCUUAAGAUAUUGAAUAGAAGGUAUUAGAUAUUGUGAUGCCAUUUAUUAAAAACCAAAAUAGUUUAAUAUUGGCAGUAUCAAAAGCAUCAGAUGAUUUAGCUACAUCAGAUGGAUUAAAAUUAGCUAGAAGUGUUGAUCCUAAUGGAUUAAGAACUAUUGGAGUAAUUACUUAAUUAGAUUUGAUGGAUGAAGGAGCAGAUAUUUUAAAUGAUUUACUUAAUUAAACAUAUCCAUUAUAAUUAGGAUAUGUUGGUGUUAUUAUGAGAGGUUAGAAAGAUAUUCAGAAGAAUAAAACUAUUAUUGAAUAAAUCAAAGAUGAAAAAACAUUUUUUGAAAAACAUAAAAUUUAUAAAAAAUAUUCUGAAAAAAUGGGUGUUAAUUUUUUAGUAAAAACUUUAAAUAUGAAUUUUAUUCAACAUAUCAAAAAAGCAUUACCUAUUAUUAGAGAAACUAUUAUAAGCUUAGUUUAAGUUAAAGAAUAUGACUUAAAAUAAUAUGGAGAUUAUGAUAAUUUGGAAACCAAAGAGAAUAAAAAUUUGUUAGUCUUAACUUUAAUAUCUAAAUUUUCUAAUUCUUAUAAGGAUAUGUUAGAAGGAAGAUGUUUAGAUAUUACAAGUAAAGAAUUGAUUGGAGGAUCUAGAAUUAUUUAUGUUUUUAAUGAUAAUUUUAGAAAAACCAUUUAAAAAAUGAAUCCAUUUGAUAUCUUAAGUGAUGAUGAAAUAAGAACAGCUAUUAAAAAUGCUAAUGGAAUCAGGCCAUCUUUAUUUGUUCCUGAAGGAGCUUUUGAAUUGUUAGUUAGACAAUAAAUCUCUAGAUUGAGAAUGCCUUCAAUUGAAUGUUCUCAUAUAGUAUUCGAAGAAUUAAGGAGAGUAAUAAAUUAAAUUUCAAUUCCAGAGAUAGAAAGAUUUGAUACUCUUGCUAAUAGAAUUUCAGAAGUGAUUGAGAAUCUAUUAAACAAGUGUUUAAGAUAAACUGAAGAGAUAAUAUCAAAUUUGAUUGAUAUUGAGUUAGGAUACAUAAAUACAAGUCAUCCAGAUUUUGUAUCAGGAAUGGAUAUGGUUAAUAAGGAUGAAUAAAGAUCAUCAUAAUAAUAAGUUCAAUUAUAAAAGGAGAAAUCUCCUUUAUAGAGUGAAAAUGAAUCUAAUAAGUUUUUUAAUUUUUGGCCUUUCAAAAAUAAUAAAUAGACUGAAUUAUAUGAUAGUAAAUUAGAUAAUUUGAAUAAAAAGAGAAAAUCAAAUAUCAAUAAUGAAAAAUAACAAAAAUUAUAAUAAAUAGAGGAAAGCCAAAUUCUAUAAUAAUAAAUAGUAAUAAAUAAGAUAGUAUCAGUGAAUUAAUAGUAUUUUGUGAAUGAUCCUAAAAGAUAAUUACCUUAAGUUCCAAAUACAAUUAAGAUCACUGAUAGACCAUCAAAGAGAGAGUAGACAGAAAUGGAUAUGAUUAAGGAUUUAUUAAUUUCUUAUUUCAAUUUAGUUAAAAAGAAUAUUUGUGAUUCAGUUCCAAAGACUAUUAUAACAUUUUUAGUAAAUUAAUCAAGAAAUUUUUGUGAAAGAGAAUUGAUAGGAUUAUUGUAUAAAUAAGAAUUAGUGGAUGAGUUAUUAUAGGAGAAUCAAUUUAUAUAAAAAUCAAGAGCAGAGGCUAAGUAAACUUUGAUUAGUUUGAGAACAUGUUUAAAUUUGUUAAAUGAUUUGGAUUCUAAAUUCUGA